GAACAUCGGGGGCUCGGGAUCGCAACGCUCCGCCGAUGAACGCCUCAUCAUAACUUUUAAUAUUAAUACACAAAUCAACCCGAGAAUGCAGAAUAUUUUCGUGUUUUGACAAUUUUGACCAUUUUCACCAUUCACACGAUUCAAACGGCGAAUUCUAGCAUUCUUAACUAUGGCAGAAUACUCAGGCGGGAACCCUGAAGCCGAUCACCUCGUCGUGCUCGUGCAUGGGCUAUGGGGGAAUCCCAACCACAUGGCGUCCGUCGCCAAAGCCUUACGAGCACAAUACCCACCGGAACAGGUUUACAUCCUCCUCGCGAAACGCAACAGCGGGUCCUUCACCUACGAUGGCAUCGAACUCGGCGGCGAGCGCGUGUGUCUCGAGAUUGAGGAGGAGCUGGAAGCGAUCAAGAGCAAAGGCGGCAACAUCACAAAGAUCAGCAUCGUGGGGUAUUCACUAGGAGGGCUUGUCGCGCGGUACGCCAUCGGGCUGCUGUUCGCGCGGGGCGUCCUAGACAAGCUCGAGUGCAUGAACUUCACGGCGUUCGCCAGCCCCUUCCUCGGCGUACGGACACCGCUGCGCGGGUGGGCCAACCAGGUGUGGAACGUGCUGGGCGCGCGCACGCUCUGCAUGUCGGGCCGGCAGCUCUUCGGCAUCGACAAGUUCCGCGACACGGGCAAGCCGCUGAUCUCGGUCCUCGCCGACCCCAACUCCAUCUUCAUGUCCGGCCUCGCCAAGUUCCGCCGCCACACCCUCUACACCAACAUCACCAACGACCGCAGCGCCGUCUACUACACCACGGGCAUCGCCAAGACCGACCCCUACACGGACCUCUCCCAGGUCACGGUGCGCUACCUGCCCGGGUGGGAGGACGUGAUCCUGGACCCGGCCGACCCGGUCUCGGGGGUCGCCCCGCCGCCGGCGGACCCGGAGACGGCCAAGGCGAGCGUGGAGAAGUGGGCGAAGCGGGUGCCGUUCAUCGCGGCGCUGGCGCUGUUCAUCCCGCUCGGCGUGGUGGCCUUCCUGAUCAACUCGGCGAUCCAGACGGUGCGGUCGUCGCGCCGGGUGCGCCUGCACGAGCGCGGCCUGGCCGGCAUCAAAGUGCAGGACUUCCGCGUCAACCUGUGGAUCAAGGAGUUUCGCGAGGCGGUCGAGGACGCCUAUGAGAAUCUGAGUAGCUCGCAGAACCAGGCGUAUCUCGUUGAGGAUGGGGAUGACGGGUCGUCGGCUGCCUCUGCGGGUGAGGAAGAGGGGGAUGCUGAUGGGGAGGGUGCGGACGCGUCGGGGGCGAGGAAGAUGCUCGCCUUGGAGCGCAAGCGGUCGCGCACCCAGGAGGGCGGGUUCCCCACGCUGGCGCUGGCGGGGUAUCAGUUUGCGGCCAUCGAGGCGCUGGAUAAGCUGGGGUGGAGGAAGUAUCCGGUGUGGAUCCACAAGCAUCGCCAUAGUCAUGCGGCCAUCAUUGUGAGGAUGGAGAAGGAGGGGAUCAUGCGGCCCUCACGCGUCGCCAAAGAAACGUCCAAGUACUUCGACAGCAACUCCACGACUGUCCUUCCCCGCCGCUCGACUCGGUCCACCCUCGCACGGUUCGCAUACACCGGCGCAAACGGUAGUAACAGCAAUGAUGACCCGGAGGUGAAACUGGGCUCCGACAUUGAAGAUGCCGUCAAGGCGACAACUCCGCGCAAGCGAAAGCGCACCGAGACAGUAACCCAAUCGACUCCUCGACGAGCUCCAGUGAGGGCGACAAGAGCUGAAAUCAAGACCGAAAUCAAGACCGAGAUCGAGACUGGAAUCAAAACCAAAGUCAAGACUGAGAUCAAGUCAGAAGAACCCAGCUCCGAUGACGAGCCAGAAACCAAACCGAAACCCCGCGGCCGGAUCUACGACCUCGUCAAAGAGAUGCGUCUCACAGGUCCCGCGGCCAACGCAGCGGUCGACACAAUGGGGUGCGAGCGACUCGCCCAGCCCAACGCCAGCGCGCGCGACCGGCGCUUCCAGACGCUCGUGGCCCUGAUGCUGUCAAGCCAAACCAAGGACACGGUCAACGCCGCGGCGAUGGCCCGCCUCCAGAACGAGCUGCCGCCGCACACCCCGGGCGCUCCUCCCGGCCUGAACCUGGAGAACAUACUGGCCGUCGACCCGGCCGUGCUGAACGAGCUGAUCGGGAAAGUCGGCUUCCACAACAACAAGACCAAAUACCUAAAAUCCACCGCCACCCUCCUCCAGUCCGCCUUCAACUCCGACAUCCCGCCCACCAUCGCCGGCCUGACCUCCCUGCCCGGCGUCGGGCCCAAGAUGGCGCACCUCUGCAUGAGCGCGACACACGGGUGGAACCGCGUCGAGGGGAUCGGCGUCGACGUGCACGUGCACCGCAUCACCAACCUGUGGGGGUGGCAGUCCCCGGCCUCGCGCACGCCCGAGGACACGCGCCGCGCGCUCGAGGCGUGGCUGCCGCGCGAGCGGUGGAAGGAGAUUAACUGGCUGUUGGUGGGGCUGGGGCAGUCGGUUUGUUUGCCGGUGGGGAGGCGGUGUGGGGAUUGUGAGGUUGGGUUGAAGGGCUUGUGUCGGAGUGCGGAGAGGGGGAAGGUGGCGGAGGGGAGGAGGCGGAGGGAGGUGGAAGUGAAAGAGGAGGUGAAGGAUGAGGAGAUGGAAGUGGAGGUGGAAAUAGAGGGAGGGGAGGUGAAGAGAGAGACAAAGGGGGAGGUUAAGGAGGAGGAGAUUGAUAUGGCUGAGGAGGUGGUGGGGGAGGAGGUGAGGAGAGAGGUAAAGGAAGAGGAAGAGGUCAAGGAGGAGGAGAUGGAGAAGGUGGACGAUGAGGAUGUGAAGGGAGAGACGAAAGAAGAGGUGGAGGAGGAGAUCAAGGAGGAGGCUGUAAAGGUUGAGGGUGAGCGCUUGCUGGGGGCAAAAAAAGAAAAGAUUGAGGAGAAGACAGCGGUAGAAGUGAAGAAAGAAGAGGGUGAGGCGGCUGUUAAUGAGGCUGUUGAUGAAACGCGCUUGGGAAGCCCACGGGUGAAGGAGGAGGAGUUAUGAGAUGGCUAUUCAGCCGGUCAAGCUGGCAUGAAGUGGCGGCUCAGGAACCUGCGCCACAGCGUAGCAUAUGGGGUUCGGCCCAUCGCUCCUUGACUCCAGGGCCAUGUAGGAUAUGAUGAGGAGGCAAACAUUGGCUUUAGCAUAGCGUUCCCAAGAGAACAUGCUUAAAGCCAACUAGAGUUCUUUGGGGCAUCGGGCGUUGAGGGUAGAUCUGAGUCUCGCCUCUAUACUCGGGACAAUCAACGAAUUCCCAUACUUAGACCUGCUUCGUUGGGGGUUGUAGAAUUAUUUUUCUCUUCUACCUUUCUCCUUAGUUAUUUCCUAUCUUGUUUC